AAUUAUCUUCCUUCCGGUGAUAAUGACAAAUGUACAAAUAAUAAAAUAUUAAUUAGAAGUCGCGAAGACUGCAAUGAUAAAAAAUGUAUAAGAUGAGUUCAGAUUUUUAUUUGGUGUUGUUUUUCUUGUUUUCUGUGAUAAACGUGAUAUGUACAGUCAAUAAUGGCGAAUGCAGAUUUUGUAUAAAUGGAAAAUGCCGAGGAAAGCUAUGCAUCUGUAACAAAGGAUUCGUUAUGGAUUCGGUAAAUAAAUAUAAGUGUAAUAGACUUUGCAGUAAAUUAUGCUCAAACGGAAGAUGUUCUGCCAAAGAAACUUGCACUUGCAAUGCUGGUUAUAUCCUUGACAUUAAAGAUAAAUACAGAUGUAACAAACUAUGUAGUAAAACAUGUGUGAAUGGGAGAUGUACUGCUAGAGAAACAUGCUCUUGUAAUGCCGGAUAUAUCAUCGAUUCAAAGGACAGAUAUAAAUGUAAUAAACUUUGUAGUAGAUCAUGUAUCAACGGAAGAUGUUCUGCCAAAGAAACUUGCACUUGCAAUGCCGGUUAUAUCCUUGACCUUAAAGAUAAAUACAGAUGUAACAAACUAUGUAGUAAAACAUGUGUGAAUGGGAGAUGUACUGCUAGAGAAACAUGCUCUUGUAAUGCCGGAUAUAUCAUCGAUUCAAAGGACAAAUAUAAAUGUAAUAAACUUUGUAGUAGAUCAUGCAUCAACGGAAGAUGCUCUGCCAGAGAAACUUGCACUUGCAAUGCAGGUUAUAUUCUUGACCUGAAAGAUAAAUACAAAUGUAACAGUCUAUGUAGUAAAACAUGUGUGAAUGGAAGAUGUACUUCUAGAGAAACAUGCUCUUGUAAUGCAGGAUACAUCCUCGAUUCGAAGGACAAAUAUAAAUGUAAUAAACUAUGUAGUCGAUCAUGCAUAAAUGGAAGGUGCUCUGCCAAAGAAACUUGCACUUGCAAUGCAGGUUAUAUCCUUGAUUUGAAAGAUAAAUACAAAUGUAACAAACUAUGCAGCAAAACAUGUGUGAAUGGAAGAUGUACUGCCAAAGAAACUUGCACUUGCAAUGCAGGUUAUAUCCUUGACACGAAAGACAAAUACAAAUGUAAUAAUAUGUGUAGUAAAACAUGUGUGAAUGGAAGAUGUACUUCUAGAGAAACAUGUUCUUGUAAUGCGGGAUAUAUCCUCGAUUUUAAGGACAAAUAUAAAUGUAAUAAACUAUGUAGUCGAUCAUGCAUAAAUGGAAGGUGCUCUGCCAAAGAAACUUGCACUUGCAAUGCAGGUUAUAGCCUUGACCAGAAAGAUAAAUACAAAUGUAACAAACUAUGCAGCAAAACAUGUGUGAAUGGAAGAUGUACUGCUAGAGAAACAUGCUCUUGUAAUGCAGGAUAUAUCCUCGAUUCGAAGGACAAAUAUAAAUGUAAUAAACUUUGUAGUAGAUCUUGCAUCAACGGAAGAUGCUCUGCCAAAGAAACUUGCACUUGCAAUGCAGGUUAUAUUCUUGAUUUGAAAGAUAAAUACAAAUGUAACAAACUAUGCAGCAAAACAUGUGUGAAUGGAAGAUGUACUGCUAGAGAAACAUGCUCUUGUAAUGCCGGAUAUAUCAUCGAUUCAAAGGACAGAUAUAAAUGUAAUAAACUUUGUAGUAGAUCAUGUAUCAACGGAAGAUGUUCUGCCAAAGAAACUUGCACUUGCAAUGCCGGUUAUAUCCUUGACCUUAAAGAUAAAUACAGAUGUAACAAACUAUGUAGUAAAACAUGUGUGAAUGGGAGAUGUACUGCUAGAGAAACAUGCUCUUGUAAUGCCGGAUAUAUCAUCGAUUCAAAGGACAAAUAUAAAUGUAAUAAACUUUGUAGUAGAUCAUGCAUCAACGGAAGAUGCUCUGCCAAAGAAACUUGCACUUGCAAUACAGGUUAUAUCCUUGACACGAAAGACAAAUACAAAUGUAAUAAUCUGUGUAGUAAAACAUGUGUGAAUGGAAGAUGUACUUCUAGAGAAACAUGCUCUUGUAAUGCAGGAUACAUCCUCGAUUCGAAGGACAAAUAUAAAUGUAAUAAACUUUGUAGUAAAUCUUGCAUAAAUGGAAGGUGCUCUGCCAAAGAAACUUGCACUUGCAAUGCAGGUUAUAUCCUUGAUUUGAAAGAUAAAUACAAAUGUAACAAACUAUGCAGCAAAACAUGUGUGAAUGGAAGAUGUACUGCCAAAGAAACUUGCACUUGCAAUGCAGGUUAUAUCCUUGACACGAAAGACAAAUACAAAUGUAAUAAUCUGUGUAGUAAAACAUGUGUGAAUGGAAGAUGUACUUCUAGAGAAACAUGCUCUUGUAAUGCAGGAUACAUCCUCGAUUCGAAGGACAAAUAUAAAUGUAAUAAACUUUGUAGUAGAUCUUGCAUCAACGGAAGAUGCUCUGCCAGAGAAACUUGCACUUGCAAUGCAGGUUAUAGCCUUGACCAGAAAGAUAAAUACAAAUGUAACAAACUAUGCAGCAAGACAUGUGUGAAUGGAAGAUGUACUGCUAGAGAAACAUGUUCUUGUAAUGCGGGAUAUAUCCUCGAUUUUAAGGACAAAUAUAAAUGUAAUAAACUAUGUAGUCGAUCAUGCAUAAAUGGAAGGUGCUCUGCCAAAGAAACUUGCACUUGCAAUGCAGGUUAUAUCCUUGAUUUGAAAGAUAAAUACAAAUGUAACAGUCUAUGUAGUAAAACAUGUGUGAAUGGAAGAUGUACUGCUAGAGAAACAUGCUCUUGUAAUGCAGGAUAUAUCCUCGAUUCGAAGGACAAAUAUAAAUGUAAUAAACUUUGUAGUAGAUCUUGCAUCAACGGAAGAUGCUCUGCCAGAGAAACUUGCACUUGCAAUGCAGGUUAUAUUCUUGACCUGAAAGAUAAAUACAAAUGUAACAGUCUAUGUAGUAAAACAUGUGUGAAUGGAAGAUGUACUGCUAGAGAAACAUGCUCUUGUAAUGCAGGAUAUAUCCUCGAUUCGAAGGACAAAUAUAAAUGUAAUAAACUUUGUAGUAGAUCUUGCAUCAACGGAAGAUGCUCUGCCAGAGAAACUUGCACUUGCAAUGCAGGUUAUAUUCUUGACCUGAAAGAUAAAUACAAAUGUAACAGUCUAUGUAGUAAAACAUGUGUGAAUGGAAGAUGUACUGCUAGAGAAACAUGCUCUUGUAAUGCAGGAUACAUCCUCGAUUCGAAGGACAAAUAUAAAUGUAAUAAACUUUGUAGUAGAUCUUGCAUCAACGGAAGAUGCUCUGCCAGAGAAACUUGCACUUGCAAUGCAGGUUAUAGCCUUGACCAGAAAGAUAAAUACAAAUGUAACAAACUAUGCAGCAAAACAUGUGUGAAUGGAAGAUGUACUGCUAGAGAAACAUGCUCUUGUAAUGCAGGAUAUAUCCUCGAUUCGAAGGACAAAUAUAAAUGUAAUAAACUUUGUAGUAGACCUUGCAUCAACGGAAGAUGCUCUGCCAGAGAAACUUGCACUUGCAAUGCAGGUUAUAUUCUUGAUUUGAAAGAUAAAUACAAAUGUAACAGUCUAUGUAGUAAAACAUGUGUGAAUGGAAGAUGUACUGCUAAAGAAACAUGCUCUUGUAAUGCAGGAUAUAUCCUCGAUUCGAAGGACAAAUAUAAAUGUAAUAAACUUUGUAGUAGACCUUGCAUCAACGGAAGAUGCUCUGCCAGAGAAACUUGCACUUGCAAUGCAGGUUAUAUUCUUGAUUUGAAAGAUAAAUACAAAUGUAACAGUCUAUGUAGUAAAACAUGUGUGAAUGGAAGAUGUACUGCUAAAGAAACAUGCUCUUGUAAUGCAGGAUAUAUCCUCGAUUCGAAGGACAAAUAUAAAUGUAAUAAACUUUGUAGUAGAUCUUGCAUCAACGGAAGAUGCUCUGCCAGAGAAACUUGCACUUGCAAUGCAGGUUAUAUUCUUGAUUUGAAAGAUAAAUACAAAUGUAACAAACUAUGCAGCAGAACAUGUGUGAAUGGAAGAUGUACUGCUAGAGAAACAUGUUCUUGUAAUGCGGGAUAUAUCCUCGAUUUGAAGGACAAAUAUAAAUGUAAUAAACUAUGUAGUCAAUCAUGCAUGAAUGGAAGGUGCUCUGCCAAAGAAACAUGCUCUUGUAAUGCAGGUUAUAGCCUUGACCUGAAAGAUAAAUACAAAUGUAACAGUCUAUGUAGUAAAACAUGUGUGAAUGGAAGAUGUACUGCUAAAGAAACAUGCUCUUGUAAUGCAGGAUAUAUCCUCGAUUCGAAGGACAAAUAUAAAUGUAAUAAACUAUGUAGUAGAUCAUGCAUAAAUGGUAGGUGCUCUGCCAAAGAAACUUGCACUUGCAAUGCAGGUUAUAGCCUUGAUCAGAAAGAUAAAUACAAAUGUAACAAACUAUACAGCAAAACAUGUGUGAAUGGAAGAUGUACUGCUAGAGAAACAUGUUCUUGUAAUGCAGGAUAUAUCCUCGAUUCGAAGGACAAAUAUAAAUGUAAUAAACUUUGUAGUAGAUCUUGCAUCAACGGAAGAUGCUCUGCCAGAGAAACUUGCACUUGCAAUGCAGGUUAUAGCCUUGACCUGAAAGAUAAAUACAAAUGUAAUAGUCCGUGUAGUAAAACAUGUGUGAAUGGGAGAUGUACUGCUAGAGAAACAUGCUCUUGUAAUGCAGGAUAUUAUCUCGAUUCGAAGGACAAAUAUAAAUGUAAUAAACUGUGUAGUAGAACAUGCAUAAAUGGAAGUUGCUCUGCCAAAGAAACUUGUAGUUGUGAUACAGGAUUCGUCCAAGAUCCGAAAGACAAGUACAAAUGCAAUCUGCUAUGUAGUAAAUCAUGCAUCAAUGGACGGUGCUCUGCCAAAGAAACUUGUACUUGUAAUACAGGAUUCAUCCCAGAUCCGAAAGACAAGUACAAAUGCAAUCAGCUAUGCAUGAGACCCUGCGUCAAUGGACGGUGUUCUGCUAAAGAAACUUGUACUUGUAACACUGGAUACGUCCCGGAUCCGGAUGACAGAUACAGAUGUAACCUGCUAUGUAGUAAAUCAUGCAUCAAUGGACGGUGCUCUGCCAAUGAAACUUGUACUUGUGAUACAGGAUUCGUCCCAGAUCCGAAAGACAAGUACAAAUGCAAUCAGCUUUGCAGUAGACCAUGCGUCAAUGGACAGUGUUCUGCCAAAGAAACUUGUACUUGUAACACUGGAUACAUCCUAGAUCCGAAAGACAAAUACAAUUGCACUCUGGCAUGUAGUAAAUCAUGCAUCAAUGGACGGUGCUCUGCCAAAGAAACUUGUACUUGUGAUGCAGGAUUCAUCCCAGAUCCGAAAGACAAGUACAAAUGCAAUCAGCUAUGCAGUAGACCAUGCGUCAAUGGACGGUGUUCUGCCAAAGAAACUUGUACUUGUAACACUGGAUACAUCCUAGAUCCGAAAGACAAAUACAAUUGCACUCUGGCAUGUAGUAAAUCAUGCAUCAAUGGACGGUGCUCUGCCAAAGAAACUUGUACUUGUGAUGCAGGAUUCAUCCCAGAUCCGAAAGACAAGUACAAAUGCAAUCAGCUAUGCAGUAGACCAUGCGUCAAUGGACGGUGUUCUGCCAAAGAAACUUGUACUUGUAACACUGGAUACAUCUCAGAUCCGAAAGACAAAUACAAUUGCACUCUGAGAUGUAGUAAAUCAUGCAUCAAUGGACGGUGCUCUGCCAAAGAAACUUGUACUUGUGAUGCAGGAUUCAUCCCAGAUCCGAAAGACAAGUACAAAUGCAAUCAGCUAUGCAGUAGACCAUGCGUAAAUGGACGGUGUUCUGCCAAAGAAACUUGUACUUGUAACACUGGAUACAUCCUAGAUCCGAAAGAUAAAUACAAUUGCACUCUGCUAUGUAGUAAAUCAUGCAUCAAUGGAAGUUGCUCUGCCAAAGAAACUUGUACUUGUGAUGCAGGAUUCAUCCCAGAUCCGAAAGACAAGUAUAAAUGCAAUCAGCUAUGCAGUAGACCAUGUGUCAAUGGACGGUGUUCUGCCAAAGAAACUUGUACUUGUAACACUGUAUACUUCUCAGAUCCGAAUGACAAAUACAGAUGCUAUCAGUUAUGCACUAGACCAUGUAUCAAUGGAAGGUGCUCUGCCAAAGAAACUUGUACUUGUGAUGCAGGAUUCAUCCCAGAUCCGAAAGACAAGUAUAAAUGCAAUCAGCUAUGCAGUAGACCAUGCGUCAAUGGACGGUGUUCUGCCAAAGAAACUUGUACUUGUAACACUGGAUACGUCCCAGAUCCGAAUGACAAAUACAGAUGUAACCUGCUAUGCAGUAGACCAUGCAUCAAUGGAAGGUGCUCUACCAAAGAAACUUGUACUUGUGAUGCAGGAUUCAUUCCAGAUCUAAAAGACAAGUACAACUGCAAUCAGCUAUGCAGUAGACCAUGCGUCAAUGGAAGAUGCUCUGCCAAAGAAACUUGUACUUGUAAUCGAGGGUAUAUAUUGGGUAAUAGCAGUUUCGAAUGUGUAAAGGGUUGUUCUGAACAUUGUAUCAAUGGAACAUGCGUGUCAUAUGAAACGUGUGAAUGUUUCAAGAAUUUCACCCUGGUUAAAGGCAGUAAAUAUGUAUGUCAGGAACUUUCAGUGAAUCAUACUUCUGUAGGUUCAGGAUGUGGCCCUGGUUAUAAGAAUGAUAUAAUUAAUAACCGUUGCAUUGCAGAAUGCCCAACGUCCUGUAAGUAUGGAUAUUGUAUAGAACCUUAUAAAUGUAUUUGUGAUGAACCUUUCACGAUGAAGAAUGGAAGUUGUGUUCUGGGAAAGCGGAAUUAUACAACAAAAUUUGAUUCAAGGAAUUCUUCCAGCUCUGAGGUGUAUCUUACAAAUAUGCACUUCAUAUUCUUGGCGCUUGGAUUCGUUGUAGGGGUCACAUCUUUUCUACUUGUUUAUGUAGUAUAUAAAUUUUAUAAGAAGAAGAUCAAUCGAGAUUUGCAUCCCAUGGAAAAUGCCUUAGAUGAGUUUUUCAGUGCACAUCCUAUAGUUUAUGCUGACGCCUCUUCAACGAAUGAAUUUGAUAACUCUUCCGAAAUUAUUACGUCAACGCAAAGGACUCCAUUAUUGCAACAACUGCUAGGUGAAAUGAGAGUGUAAUAAUUUAAAUGAAGCAAACGAUGUUUACUUUACAAUUUUUCAAUGUUACAGCUAAUUUGUAUUGAGCUCAAUAAAGAAAGAACUUGUGGAGAUUUGAA